GCUCCCUCGGCCGAUCCAGGAUGGCGGCGCCCAGCGGAGCCGCGAUCUGCGAGGACUUCGCCGAGUUCCAGGAGCUGCUCAGGGUGAUGAGGACAAUCGAUGAUAGAAUUGUUCAUGAGUUAAACACUACGAUUCCAACAGCUUCCUUUGUGGGGAAAGUUGAUCCUGGGCAGACGUGUAAAGAGCUGUACGAGUCUUUGAUGGAUGCUCACACCAAGAGAGAAAGAAUCAUCAAAGACUGCAUCUCUCAGACUUCCUCUGUAGUGAAAACCCUCAAAGAAGAGAGGGAAAAGGCCCAUGAAGAUGCAGCAUUAUUAAAGCAACUCAGGAAAGAGCAGACAAAAUUGAAAUUGAUGCAGUCGGAGCUCAAUGUUGAAGAAGUGGUAAACGACAGAAGCUGGAAGGUAUUUAAUGAGCGGUGCCGAAUUCACUACAAGCCUCCGAAGAGUCAAUGAUGAUGUGGGGCAUUUUCCAUCAAGGUGGUCCAUAACUGUGAGAGCCAAACUGGAAAGAGACCUUGGGUGAGCUGAAUUGGGACCCUCCAGAACCAGUAGAACCCAGUCUUGUUUUGUUUUGGACCUACUUAGCUGAAUUCUCAAGCUUGAAAUGAUCCUCCUGUAAUUAAGAGAAAACAACUAAUCUUUUGUACAAAAUAUGUGAACAAAUGAGUUUUAUAGUAUUAAAACAAUUUUCAAUCGGAAUGCAAAACUGGCAUCUUUCUUGAACUUCCGCAGCUUCAGUGAUCCCAGAGGGGAAGAAAGAGUAAAACCUAUCCUGAGCAGGGAGGAGAAGGCUCUCCCUGAGCUGGUGCCUGCUAAAAUCUCAGUGAACAUGGUCUUUUUGCGGAAAUAAUCUGCUGAAGUGUGAAAGGAAAUAAAGAUUGCAGACUGAUCAGCAAGUGUAGUAGGUUCAGCAUCUCUGAAAGUAAGAAGUUACCAGCCUUGUUCUGAACUGCUCAACAAAAGCAGCAGUGGCUCAGAGCUGUGUGUGGGUACAGCUUUGCCAUUGCUGCUGCAAUGCUGACAGGCAGCAUCUGUUGCUUUCUGCCCUUUGGUCUGUGUUUCCAAGUUCUGGAGUUUUCCUUGAUAUAGGGGAUGUGGUGUCGAUUUAAACCACUUUGGGUUGGAGCUGAAGAUGUGUCUCAUUUGGGAAUGAGACUGUGCAGGGACCUUUUUUUGUCCCUCCCUCUGAAUAUUGAAGAGUAAUUCUAAAGGUGAAUUGUGUUUGAGCUGAGGAAACAGCUGUCCAUACGUGAUCCUGCUGAUCCUGGCCAUGGUGUUGUGUUUAGAAAGCUUGAAUGCAGCACCCCUGCAGUAACGCAGCAUUUAAAGGCAGAUGAGUAGGAGGAAAGCUGAAUUGCUGCAAUUACACCUGUAUAUUUUACUAUUUACUUUUUAUUUUGUAUUUAUCUCAGAUAGGCUGACAAGUCUAUCAAGUGAUGAGGUCUGUGUGGUUGCCAGCUGAUAGGAUCUUAAGAACCACUGAACUUAAACAGAGCACUAAAAAUACAGUCCCUGUCUUGCAAACACUUUGGAAUUCAGCAACAGCAAUGAAAUUACUAGAUAUACUCUCCCAUCCCUAAAGCUUUGAAUGUAUAGGGAAUGGGAAAUAAAUGAAGGAAUGUACCUGUGUUACUGAGAGCUGGCAAAGAUCUGUGCAGCAGCAUCUGUUUUAUAGUUGUUUGUGCAGUAAAGAGUCAAACUGCUUGGGGGCCUUUUAUUUUUAGGCACCAGGGUCAUUUCGUCUCACCUUUUUUUGAGAAUGAGGUAGAAAUAUAUUUUAAGUCUUUGAUGAUAUAAAUCCUAAUGUUCAAACUUCAUUUUCCCCCCUCUUUUUUUCUCAAGGUACUGCAACUGCUUUAUGCAGAACUUUGAGUUGGAGUGCUCAUUCUUGAAGAUUUCUCAUUGUUUUUCUGCAACUCUGAAAGCAGAAAAUGUGUUUGUUCUUCAGUUGUUGAAUUCUUGUAAUUGUUUAUCAUCAAAGUGUAAAUCAAAUACUUCUCAUCAAUCUGGGCUUAAUUGGCACUAAUGAAAUUUCAACAGGAGAUGAUGGUCAGUUAAUGAGAUGUUGAGAACAGUAAGCUUUGAUUUCAAAGUUGGUACUUUAUUAUUGACCUCUAGUAUAGGUGUCUAAAAUAUUUGUUCUCUCCUGGGCUUGGAUCAACUGCAAGGACAAAUUCUCCUUUUAAGCCAUUUGUACAAUAGAAACUGAUACGAGUGUGUAUAGACUUGGAUCAAUAGUCUUGAAAUAUAAUUUUUUAUUUCUGUAUAAACUAGAGACUGUAAUGAGAAUUAAUAAUUUUCUUCCUUUAUCCAUCCAGAUGUUUGCUCAGCUGUUGUGGAAAGCUUCUUCACUUAAGCAGAUGCUGUGAUAAAUGACCUGUCAAAUGGAUGUCAUACGCAGAUACUUUUUUUUUGCAUUACUUAUGAGGAAACUGUGUUAAAAAAGCCCAAAACCCACAACCCUAAAAAAUCAGCCCUACAUAGAAUUGUUUUCAGUUUGAAUAUAAGGCCAAACAAGUAGUCCUAUACAAACCUGAGUAUGGAAAACGGAUACCUUGAGAAGACUCCUAAAUCCCCAGCAUUCCUUCUUGGGGUGUUUGCACAGAGAGGGUUGCAGUAAGAUGUUGAGUUGCUUGAUUUGGUUUGCUCUGAGCACAGAGGGUGUCUCUCACAGUACCCCAGCCAGUGAGGUGGCUCAGAGGCCGUUCAGGUUGCUGUUGAACUCGCUGGAGCGCACGGUGAGUAAAUGGAAUUGCAUGCCAGGCUUGGGGCGCGGGGCAGGAGCACACGGCUCUGCUGUUCCUGGGAGCCUCAGAGAGUGUGUGGAGUGGGGUGUGCAAAUGGCAUCAGUGUGAACUCUGUGCCACCCUGGACACAGGCAGGUAAAUUCUCUGUCUAGGCACCCCUGAGGAUUCCAGGAUGGUGUUCAGUCACGGAUUGAACCUUGCUUCAACGUUACCAUUGAAGUAGUUACAAAAUUACUGGGCUGUUUGCUGUCAUAUGGGGAUCACAUAGUAGACCCUACAAACUGCAGAAUUUUAUCCUUUCCCUGGUUUUAACUUCUAUUUCUGCAAGUAAGGGCAUUUGAGCACAGCUGAUGGCUGUGUCCAAAGUCCUGUGGGUGCCUUGCCUCCUCUCCUGGGGCUUUCCCAUUGCUUGCAAGUGGUGAAUAGAUGUGGGCAGAUCCUGCAUGCUUGGAAAGUCCUCUCAAGCUUGUGCAUCUUUCCUUCUGUGAAAUGGAAAGAGGUGUUUGAACUUUUUCUAGCAUUCAGUGCUGUUGUCUUCUGCAGCCUGUAGGCAUGAAAGACUGAUGAAACAAGUAGUUUCUUUAUAGAAUAUUUUUAAAAGUAGGUUUCAGUUGUCUUGAAGCAGACUGAGAGGAAGAGGCUCAGCAUAGGCUGGACCAUGAUAACUUUGUGCUGCUGAAGGUCAGGUUUCUGUUGAUCUUUUUUCAUGUACAAUGUCAGAAAUCUUUCAAAAUCAGGAUGGGUAGCAGGAGGGGAAACCUUUUUUGCAGACCAGCACGUUGGAAAUCAAGGCUGUUCCUGUGACAAUGAAAACAGCUCUUCAGCUGGUACAUGGAGGGCUGCUUUCCUCCAGAAGCUCUUAAAGACAUUCAGACCAUGUGUCAUGUCCAGCCACAGUUCCAUGUCACUGUGAAACCAGAAGACUAACCUUACUGACUUGGCUUUCACAAUCAUUUCUACAGAGCUGACUUAAUUCCUGGUUUAAAAAUGACUUGUAAAUACAUAACCCUGGGGUUUGGAUUUUGGUGGAGGUUAUUAUGUUUGCUUUUUUUGUACUGGUGUUUUUAUCAACAAUAGCUUGGCACUCUUAAAAUUGCUUAAACAGGACCAGGGAGUUGUGGCCUGCAAGUGGCAAAGAUCUCUUUCUUCUGUGUUGGAAUAGUACACGGUGCAAGGUGUUAGUGAGCUUCAAACCUGUACAGAAUGCCAGUGGUGGUGUCCCAGCAGAUUCUCCAAGAAAACAGCAGCACAGUGACGUGAGGGGAAGCUGCCAGUUGUGCUGAUGGAAAGUGUGAACUGGCCUGGGAUGUGAUAGCAGCCACGUCUCAAUCACCACAGGGGGCACACUCACCUUGUUGUGCAAGAGACAGCGUGGGGGUGGCUGUUCUAGUCAAGGCAGUGUUCCAAAUCCUGGUUCAUUACAUCCAAAACUUAGUGCAGACAGGGGUGGGUGGAGGUGGGAGUUGCCCCAGAUAAGGUUGGUCAAUUGUGUCUAGUCAUCUUUGAUCACAGGUCUGUGAAAUGUCAGCACUUCAAAGUGGUUUCAGGAAAUACUUGUGCAGGAUGAGUACUGCAUCCCAGACUU